AUGGACAGUGGCCUAGAAGCACAUACCGAGUUUGGUAGCCAAGAAGGUAACAAUCCGUUUCUCUACAUUGUGCUGCCGAAGCAUCUGAGAAAUUCAAAAGUGCACGAGCAGUUGCUGAAAAACAGUCAACAACUCAUCACUGCCCAUGAUCUACACUCAACCUUAAAAGACAUCCUCUAUUUUCAACCAAAAUCGAUGUUCACGGAUUUGGAGUUCAAGCGGUUCGACAGCAACCCUCGCGGAUCGUCGCUGCUUCGUGAAUUUGAGCGUGGAGUAAAGAGGACAUGUAAAACACUACCGAUACCAUUCCAGUUCUGCAUGUGUCAAUACGAGAAGAAAACAAUCACUGAUCGGAUGAAGGUGACAGCUCUCGGUAAUUUUGCUGCGAAGGAAAUGGCAUCCAUUUUAGAAUCGAACAAUGUUUCUUCACAAUGUGAAAAAAUUACUAUGCACAAGGUAGUAAUGGUUAAAGAAUUUAUGCUUCAAAACAUCACGUUAUCAGGCUCGCAUUUCUACGAAAUUACAUUUAUUGUAGCUUUACCGGCCUACGGCAAGUUCAAGAUACCGAUUCGUGCGGACGAGCGCGGUAAACUUGAGUUGGCAGGCGAUAAAUUCGAACGCCUCGAUAGGUAUGGCAACAAAGGAGAUUGUAUGGAACUUCUUGAACUGCGAUCUUUAUGCACAUGCGUAAAUCUCAAUACUUCUCCC